AUGCCUAGACAGGUGUUGCCUAUUUCAUUCGGUCACCUCGUACAACCAGAAAAGUAUCCUCCACCAACGGAACUGCUCGAUCAGCAGUCUCUUCCAAUAUCUGCGCUAAAGAACGAACACUUCGAAGCUGUAUUCCAGGCGAAAGAAUUAAAAUAUUCAUUCCAGAAUCUUGUCGACUACUUUCCCAUCUAG